AUGGCCUCCCUCGAGGAUUCGCUCUCCCCGCUGAUUCAGAAAUGGCUUGAGUGGGACCAGUCAGCUAAUAUCGACCAGGAUCCCACCACCCGCUCGGAAAUCGAGCAGCUUCGGGACACUAGGCAAGCCGCAGAGCUAGAGAAACGCCUGCGGAAGCGCAUCCAGUUUGGCACGGCCGGUUUGCGCGGCCGCAUGGCUGCUGGGUUUUCAUGCAUGAAUUCUCUAACAGUCAUCCAGGCGUCGCAGGGUUUGGCCAAGUACUUGCGGGAAAACCAUGGCGACUUUGUACAUUGCGGGGUGGUCAUCGGUCAUGAUGCCCGCCACAACUCAGCAAGAUUCGCGGUUCUGGCCGCGAAUGCUUUUAUUGCCCAGGAGAUUCCAGUUUGGUUCUAUUCAGGGCCGGCCGUUACUCCGGCCGUGCCCUUUGGCGUGACCGACAUGCGUGCCCUUGCAGGUGUCAUGGUCACAGCGAGUCAUGCUACAAAGUGUCUGGUUCCACCUUCCAGCGUUUUUAUUUUUCUCCUAACAUCGUUCAGUUAUUUCAAGAAUGGCUGCCAAAUUAACUCCCCUAUGGACAGAGAGAUCUCCGAAUCAAUUGAGCGGAAUCUAGAGCCAUGGCCCAACGCCUGGACUGAGUCACCAACCGGCAAAUACUUCAAUCCCAAAACUUAUGAAGAGCUGCUUCCACGUUACACCACUCGAGUCUGGCAUUACUCUAAAUCCACCGUUCAAAACUGGAGGUACCCAAAGCCAUUUGUUUACACCCCUUUGCAUGGCGUCGGAGGACUGGUGCUUCCCGCCCUGUGCCGCUCAUUAGGCAUCACGGAUUUCACGACAGUAAAGGAGCAGGCGGAACCAGACCCUGACUUCCCAACGUUACCCUUCCCAAAUCCGGAGGAAAACGGAGCGCUAGAUCUUGCAGUUGAGACGGCUGACCGGGAAGGUAAAUCUCUUAUCAUUGCUAACGAUCCAGAUGCCGAUCGAUUUGCUGCAGCCGAGAAAGUCGACGGCAAAUGGUUUUUCUUCACUGGUAAUCAUAUGGGAGCUCUUUUGGCGUCUCAUCUAUUCGAUUCGCUCGAGAAUAUUGAUACUGACACGCGAGUUGCUGUUCUGAAUUCCGCCGUUUCCUCCACAAUGCUUGAGAAAAUGGCAAGGGCUAAGAAUAUCUACUUUGAAGAAUCCCUCACAGGCUUCAAGUGGAUGGGAAAUACAUCUCGCAAACUGGAGGAGUCAGGAUACUACGUUACCUUUGCAUUUGAGGAGGCUCUCGGUUAUAUGUUCCCGGAGGUUUGCUACGACAAGGACGGGAUUACGGCGGCUAUGAUCUUCCUCUCCGCCCAAGCCAGAUGGGCCACGCAAGGUCUCACCCCUUACACUAAACUGCAACAAUUAUUCGCCGAAUUCGGACACCAUGAGACGCUUAACAAUUACUUCCGCUCGCCGAAUCCAGAGACAAGCAUGGCGCUAUUCGACGCGAUUAGAGCUGGUCAGUUCAGAUCAGAAAUGAAGCUGGGGCCGUUCAAAAUCCUUCGAUGGCGAGAUAUGACAGAGGGUUAUGAUUCCGGCACGGAAGACAAGACACCCCGGCUUCCCGCUGAUAAGAGCAGUCAGAUGCUGACCCUGUGGCUUGAUCGGGACGUACGGUUCACAAUUCGCGCAUCAGGCACCGAAGCCAAGGUUAAAUUCUACAUUGAGAGCUGUGGCUCGUCUAAGCAACAAGCCAUCGACGCUGUCUGUGAUACCCUCCGGGCAGUCGUCAAGGAAUGGAUCCAGCCUUUUGCCCCGUCAUUGACCUAUAGCAAGCAACUUCCCACAUCAUCUGGAUACACUCUUCAGCUUGAUUAGGGUUUCUCUUUGAGAAUAAUGAUGCGUUGCUGGUUUCAUAGCAUGCCUUCUGAAAGAAAUUGAUUCUAGACAGAAAAUGAAAGUCUAUAAUCCCUCUUCCUCCC